AGUUGAUGAAUGUAUGCUUAACGUUUUUCUAUUUGUAAGAUUAUGUCCGACUGGCUGCGUGGGAUUCUCGUGUGUCGUUUCGACCUGAAUGUCGGGCUAUCAAUUGCAACUACGUCUGGGUCGUAUGGGAGGUUGCAACUUGUGAUGUUGUCUUUGGAUUCUAAAAGAAUCUGUCUUGCAUGGCCAGCAAUAUGAGCCCAGUUUGUGUUACGUCGCGUGGAGAGCAUUUGCCAUGCGUGAUAGGCAUCAGGAAGCCCUCGAAAAGUCUGUGAUGCUAGCUCAUACAACAUUACAGGCGUCAUGGGUCAUGCAAAAUAUACAUGACAAGCCUGGCAUCAAUCUUCCAGACCCAGACACAUUUGCAGUUGAUGCGGGCAGGUGUGUGAGUAUGACGUUCUGGAGGAAGUGCAACGGCAACAGGAGCUUCGAUCGUACGCCGAUGAGCAUGAGAACGAAUUUCAUCACGCACCGCUCUCGGAGGAGGAAAAGAAGCUCUGCGCACUGAUGGCUUUAUCAACUGAAAAAGCAUCUGUCGUACUAGGGUGUAGUGGUAGAAAUCGCAUGGCAGCAAAUUCCCUCAGUUUGAGGAAUGGAAUUCUCUAUGCGGCUUGACCUUGAUAAUGAUAUUUCAAUUUGUAUUGAAAUGCUUGGCUGCGAAUUUAUUACGACUACGAGUGCAAAGAUAGUUUUGCAAUGCAUAAGCUUUCCCGGACAGCAACUCUCUGCCGGCAAGUUGCAACGUCUCGCCGUCGCCAGAUAAUUUCAAUGGUGGUAUGCUAUACAAAUUGCCCGUACACUUACAAAAUGCAUCACAAAUUUGACCAACUUAGAAAAACCUACUUGUCACUCUGAAGAUGUUUCAAAAAAAAGCUUGUCAUGCGGAAGCCACAUUUGUAAGCGUGCGGGAAAUUUACUGUGGACAGGUGGCAUAGGUCCUCUAGAGGGGAAGAAUCCGUCGAACAAGCUAUUGAGUCGCAACAGCCGAAGCAGCUCCUCGAGAACAUCCGCAAACGAAAAGGAGGCAUGUUUUUCCUUUCGAUUUCGAAGAAAACCCGCAGGGGGCGGCGGAGGUCCUAGAACUGCACGCAAUUUGGCAAUAUUAACUUCGCAACAAGGUCAAGAUGUCGGUGGUACAGGAGGCACUACAACCAGUUCCAUUUCACAUGUUGGCGUGGGCGCCAAAACUUCUACAGCGUCGCAACUACUUUUGGGGCGGGCAUCAACAACAGGCGAAACUGCUGCAGCAGGCAGAAGUACUAGUAGCCCACCCUAUCCCUACCUCACCGCGGCCAGCUUUUUCAAGCAGCAGUCAGACCCGACGAACCCGCGUGGUUACUCCCAGAAGGCGAUUGUGGUGAUUACGGACCACGAUUGGCGGGUGUUCGGAUGUCUGGUAAAACAAAUCGCGCUGGUUCUUGGGCCACUGUAUUUCGAAAACGGGGAGAAGGUUCUGCAAACGGCGUGGAGUUUGAUAAACAGCGAGUGGCCGAAGUUGCGCGAUUUGUUGAUGGUGGACACUGGUGGCGAAGUAGAAGGUGCCGGAAAAAAUGGAAAGGAUAAAGAUGAUCACUUUCCCUGCUUGAAAAACGUUGAACCUGCGGCAAGCGCAAGAAGUACGAGGAGCCCAAAUCUUCAUCCUGUGAUGGCAGGCUCUUCCCCCGUAGAUUCCUCUCCAGCGUCCUCCUCACCAAAAGUCAGUGCAGAGCAAGGCCCUGGUGCAACGGAAAAUGGUACAACAAGACCUGCGCGAGCACGUGCGCCGGGAAAUAAAGAUAUCAAGGGACAACCCGCCGAAGACCGGCUCGAGGACGAGGACCCCCAAGCGGACACUAUCACUAGUGACAGCGAGGAACAAAAAGCAGAAGCAGAUGAGCCAUCAAGUAGCAAGCUCACCGUGGAGCUGAAACUUUUCUCCGCGACCCUGCGGAUAGACUUAACACCGACGGAGCUGCACACGGAGUGUCAGACAGUUACAGUAGAGGAUUCUGGUGGAAGUUUUUUGAACGCCCGCCGGUCCACCUCGAAGGGGGGCAGCUCCCUAAUAAUCCCUCCCAGUCCCAGCGCCUUACUGUCCAAAAUUACCAACUUUUUCUCGCACGAACAAAUGCCUCCGUCUUCUUCACGACAAGCAGGUAAUACUGGUCUUGCCCACAAGCUGCAGUCAUCGCAACAAGGACACGGGCACGACCAGGAGCAUCUUGUUCCCGCUCAGGCACCUCCGCAGGAGGCGCAGGCCUGUAAUCAUGAUUUAAUUACACAUCACCAACGCACUAGAACGGCGAGCAAAACGAGCAACUCUUCGACGUCUGCAUCACCCGUGUCUUCACCCACUUCCCCGAAAACUAGUGGUAGCCGCGAUGGAAGAAACGCUGCUAUAAUUACUGCACCCACAUCUGCAGCAGCCACGACGAAGAUGACGACCAGAGACGGAGAAGUUGAAGUUGUAUCUGCGACCACGCCCGCAACAAGUGGAGAAAUCCAGAAGCAGCGCAGCAGCGCCAUCAGCGUGAAGAGCGAUGACAGCGGCGGUGGACGAACAACAAACCAGGCGAGUCUCCUGCCGCUUCAUCCCAGUAUGUUGACAUCAGCCGGACCUCCACUACGGCGCUCCGGCUCAAAGAGCCCAGCAUCGAACGUGUCGACGAGUGCUGCCCCUGCUCCGUCAUUGCACCAUCGCGAACAGAAAACCAAAACCAAACUGACCGUGCACUCCACUUUCGACGCCAGCACCCUGCAGUUCCGAGAUUGGAUCUUUCCCAAGUGGGCCAUUUUGCAGGCAAAGACCGGCGCAGCUGUGGGGCUGGGCACCUCGUGCGGGUCGUCGACUUCCAGUUUCAACCCGGCAAGCAGAGGACAGACCAACGGAAUGAAUUUUACUAAAAACGCAGGGGGCGUCGGUGGGUCAGCGAAACAUCCUCAUAAUAAUGCCACCUCUAGUACUUCUUCUGCUUACGGCGGCGCAGCUGGCUCUACUUCCGCUUCCCGAAACGUGGUCCCUACGAAUUCUGCUUCAUCGGGAAUAAAUAUCAUGGGCGAUUUUUUCCGGACCUUUGUUGCCGCAAACACCAGCAGCCCUGCCAGCGUCCAAAAAACGUCUGUCAUCCACGACGAGGAGCUUCUGGUCGUUUCGCAAGGAAAUAAUACCAAGAAUGAGGCUGCAGCGGGGAUGAAAACGAAAAUCAAGAAACUCAGCCCUGGUCGGACAAGUUGUGAAACAGGCGAGGACGGAAGAAAUUCAAUUGGCACAGAUUACAAGGACACGACUUGUACUUCGGGAACUACAAACAAUACUGCCCCCGACGCAGAUGUUGAAUCCAUCAACAGAGGAGGUGGAGUAGUAGCUGGUAAGACUCUAUCAGCACCACAAGGUAAAGCGGGUGGAAGUAGUAUUAGAACAAACGGGAAGCAGAUGAAAACCGACGGCGCAGUAGUUGUGUCCACUGUAGUACAACCGCAACCGCGGCCGCGCAUCAUUUCGCCGCGGAAGCACUCCGUGCAGUACGGGGUGCAACGGAAGAACAAUUCGACCCGGGAGCUCGCCCUACAUCUGACGCAAACCCAGCACGAAAACGCGGCCACCAAUCUGUGGACCAAACUCGCGGAAUUUGGCCCGGAAGCCUUGUGGACUCUGUUAUCCAGCACAGUAAAUUUCCCGUACACGUACAAAUGCGGUCUGUGCAUCACAAAAAUUGGCUUCGAACCUAGUUUAGCAUGACAAGUUCUACCCAAGAACAACUUGGUGGAGUUCCUGAUGCAUUAUGUACAUGCAGCACGGGAAAUUUGUAUUGCAUAUCUGUGGCAGCUGUGCAUCACCGGGGAGCCGAUCGUGAUUUUUUCGCAGGACAGCACCAUCGUCGACGACGCCGUCGGGGCGUUUUUGCAGCUGAUUGCGCCGCUCGUUAUUACAGAAACAAGUGGAGCAGAGGGUAGUGGAAGUGCCACUUCCAGCGGCAGCAGGAAAACCGGCCUGCAGUACGUGCCGCACCUCACCGUGUACGAUCCUGAUUACCGGGAGAUUAGAAAUCAGGUAGUUGUGGCCGCAGCUCCCGCCGCCACUUCAAAUAAUUUCCACGGAGCAACAAGCAAUGGCGGAACUUCUACAUCAAUUAUGACCUACAACGGCGAAACAAGACAUCAACCCGGAGUUGUACUAGCCACCUCCACCUCAUCCAGUACAUCACCGCCAGUUCUACCCUCGUCGUGCAACCUCGUGCUAGGGUGCAGUAAUCCUGCCAUUUUUGUCGAUUUGACCAGAACUAAGUCGCAGCUGAGCAGUCUAGUGUUGCAGCACUCCGCAAAAUACGUGGUGGCGACAAACAGUUCAGGUUCCUCUGCUUCGUAUAUGAGUGUGCACAACUUCUCCUCCCCCUUAUAAUUUGUCAUGCAACAUACCCAAUCCACCCUUUGACUCUUAGCACUGUUUGCAUGGCAAGUAGUUCUGGUUGCCCAAAUUAUAGCACUACACUACAGGAGUGCAAAUUUGUCAUGCAAAACCGGCAUUCUUGCUUAGGCUUGUUUUGCUCUUCAUGCGAUACAAAUGAGGGGGAGGGGGAGUUGUGCACUGUCAUAUCGUGUAGAAGUUCCUCGUCUGGGGGAGCGUCGAGUAGCAACGAAGAUUUACCAGGAUUAAACUUGGCUGCUGGUGGGGAAGGACCUGCACCAGCUGUUGUGGUGCCAUCAGGUCGUGAAAACCAGCCCGCGCCGUCUUGUUCGAGGACAAGCAGUUUUAGCUCUUCGUCGACUAGCGGGUCUUCCAAUACAACGAGUACCACGACCGUAAAAAAUGCGACCGAUUAUGUAGCUGCCGCUGGGGGACAACAAAAAGCUGAGACAGCAGCAGCAGCUAACACUCCCGCGACAGCAACGUCGUCCCCUGACGACGCAAAGCAGCAACGACUGCUGCGGUUAGCUAGAGCGCAAUCCGCAGCGGCAGGAGCGGCGGGCUCCGCUAUGGAGGUGGUCGUGGGAGACAAAUCUAGCAACCACAUAAGCUACAGGCCCGGCGCAGUGCCCGAAAAGAACGGCGAAAAUGCUGGUAGAGCGUUUUCAUCGUUCUUGCAGAAAUCCGCAACAGUCGGCGCCGCCAGCAGCACGGGAAGAAGUGCUACAGGGUCGUCUGCUUUGAGGCCCAAUUUCUCAUUUUCUAACCCAACCAGCAAUAGUUCUACUUCUCCCUCAGCGACAUUCGUAAAUAACACAACUACCCUGCCCUUCUCCCCCUCGACGCCGCAGAAUCUGAUCAAGCCGGGUAAUUUCGGGCAAGCGAAACUGAUCUGUAGCGACACUUCCUACUUGUACACCGAACACAGCGGGUAUGCAGGGCAUCGAAUUUCCAGAUCCGCACGUCUGUCACGUCGUACAAAAGGCAUCACAAAUAUUUUCGCCAACUGAACAAGGAGUGUAGUCAACAUCCUAAUCGUAUGUGAUCGAACGAAAUUUGAUUUUUUUGGCCAUGCAGAAACCGCAUAGAUACGUACGUCGUGAUGAACUAUCGUGUCGUGGGAAAAUGAAUUUCUUGUGGAUAGCAGAAUCGUGCCAGUGGAUGAGGAGUUGCUGUCGAGACUACUGCCACCCACCAGUCACUCGGCAAUCAUGAUCAACAACUUUUUGUUGUGUCAGUACUUCUACGAACUAACCUGUGUUUUCCUGAAGCCGUUUCUACCCUACUUGGUCAGCAAUGUUGGCGUACUAUCUUCUCAUGCCGGUGGGGGCGGCGGAAGGAGUUUAAGUAGAAGAGAAGUCGGCGAAAGCAGCAAGAAGAGUGAAAAUUCCAGACCGGGUGUUGACCACCUCGACGAAGGAGAAGAUGCGGUGCGCAGAACACGAACAGGUAGCGCUGCUGCUGCAUCCUCCACCUCGCCGCCGCUGGAACAAGUUAACACCACCAGCAAAGGAGAUGAUCCUAGAGCAAACCGAAAAAUGAAAAUGAAGUCGAAUUUGGAAGUUGAGACCACAUCUUUGCAGAAGAUGAGCGGCGAACAAGCAGACGACUUCCAACCCACGAUGGAAGCUAAUGAAUUUAGAUCGUCCUCGCGAGGACAAAUGAACUUAAUCGUAGGCGGCCGCGGGAGUCGUACAUCCUUGCAAAUACUGGAGCAACAGGCGGAAAACUUGCACCUGUCACUCAGCAACUACGACUACCACAGCCAAUGCCGCAGUAAAAUAAAUCCAACUUCUACUGUUUCGCCCAGUACUACUACUUCAACAUCAGCCCGGUCAGGAGGAGCUUCUGGUGUUGCGCCUACCACUUCUUCCAAAAAAGUCCACGUCACGCUGCUGCCGGCGUUUGUGUCGCAGGAAUUUUUAAAUGGACUGCAACCGGAGGGUGUUUUUCAGCAAUUGCCGAUCCAAAAAGUGAGGAAACUGUACACCAAGUUCAUAAAAUCGCCGCACUUUGAGCCCUGGUUCAGGAAGCAGAGAGACCAAGUGGUCGCGGAAUCUCUGGCGUUGCACAAAAAAAGGAAAGAACAAGCAGGGAUGAACAAACAGGGUCUUAAGUAGCCUUACGACGCGGAAAAGCGAGACGUAGAUCGGGCCGCUGAGGACGACAAGCCAACCACUCCUGACGGGGCGGGCGGUGGUUGUUGGUGUGGUCCUAAUUUCGAGGAGUGUGAAACUUUUUCAAAGAAGUUUGCAUAAGUUUGAAAUUAAAUACUACUGGGCGGGACCACCUUGCGCCAGAACAUGGUUUCCUCGCUUUGAGUGGUUUUUGAUGGCACAGCCAUUUCGAAAUUGGAAGUACAGGCACCACUUGCAGAUGGGUUUUUCCAAUUUAUCUGAUCGUGAUGGUGAUCUUUAAAACUCUUACACUAUGUCAUGCUAGGUCAAAGAAUUUUUCAAAAUUGUCGUACCGGGGAGCGCGAUCGCCAGGAUUUGUCGCGGUCAGCCGAGGACCCUUUAGAUUCUUUAAGAUAGCUUGCUGCAAAAGCAUCACCCGAAGAACCGAGUUUACCUACCUCUACUUGGUUCUCACAUCUCCACAU